CCCCUCCACACAAAAAAGGUUUAAUCUUUUUCUCCUUCAAAAAUCCCUUUCUUCUUCGUUUUCUCUCUCCAUUUUGAUCUACUGUUACUUCAAUGGCGACUCUCUAUUCCUCAAUCUCUCUCAAUUUCACCUCCCUCUGUAUAUCCGCUCCAUCUUCUACAAAAAGGAUUCCCAGAAAAAUUUAUGCAUCAGCUUCUCAGGAAUCGGCAUCGGCCACAAAAUCGGAAAAUUUUAGUGUAUCCGGAAAUGGAUCGUCUCCCAAGGCGCCCUUUGUUGAGCCCUCGAAGCAGCCGGAAUCGCCCUACAGUUACGCUCUGGCAAACCCUAAUGGAAGCCCGGUCGUGCAAUUUAUGCAGUCUACUGAGUCCACCAUCGAAAGAGUCAUAUUUGACUUUCGAUUUUUGGCACUUCUGGCAGUUGGGGGUUCAUUAGCAGGUUCUUUGCUGUGCUUUCUUAACGGAUGUGUGUACAUAUUUGACGCAUACAAAGUAUAUUGGUCAAGCUGUGUCAAAGGAGUCCAUACUGGAAAAAUGGUUCUCCGAUUGGUUGAAGCUAUUGAUGUAUAUCUUGCGGGCACAGUCAUGUUAAUAUUCGGGAUGGGUUUGUACGGAUUAUUCAUUUCAAAUGUGCCUAACGACGUACCUUCCGCCAACGAUCGUGCACUGACGGGCUCUUCCUUAUUUGGCAUGUUUGCUUUGAAGGAGAGGCCAAAGUGGAUGAAAAUCAGUUCGUUGGACGAGCUAAAGACUAAAGUAGGGCAUGUGAUUGUGAUGAUUCUGCUGGUGAAGAUGUUCGAACGGAGCAAGAUGGUGACAAUAACGACGGGAUUGGAUUUGUUGAGUUACUCUGUGUGUAUAUUCUUGUCUUCGGCUUCUUUGUACAUUCUGCACAAUCUGCAUAAAUCGGAUUGACCGAAAACAAGAAUUGGCUUUGUUACAUGGCACUUGAACUUUUGUACAAAACUCUGUAAAUUUUCAGUUUACACCUCGAGAUGAAA